UUUCGUGACAAAAAACAUUUUUGUUUGAGCUUUCCGGGCGACGACGUUGCGGUCUGAGAGUGAAAAAAAGAGAGAGAGAGGUGAAACAAUAACAACAAAAACGAAACAAAACAGUGCAGCAGGUUCACAAAGCAAACAAGCCAAGCCAGGCGGAUGGUGUGGGAGUCAAAGGGCUGUGCAUCUUUUUGCUGGAAUAUCUCGAUUCACCGCGAAAUGGCGAGGGAUCAGCGUGAGGCGGGCGAACCUUGCGGCUGGAAUUAGCCUGCGAGCAAGUCGACUAUAAUGACUACAGAGGAUUUGGCAGGCAAACCGCACAAAGUGUGGAGCUGUGACAGACAAACCAGAAAGUGUGUCGUCGCAUCGUCUCUGGAUGAACUUCGAACAAAAGGAGCUGCCAAGUUAGGAUACAACAACCCAUUCGACUUGAAGGUCGUGCUCGAAGCAGAUGGCACCGAAGUGGAAGAUGAGAACUAUUUUCAGCGAACCGAAAGGGACACAAUAUUCCUAAUGCUCCAGCCAAACGAAAAGUGGCUACCACCCGGAGUCGAGGCCCUCAGGGCAGCCAUCACAGCAAUACCACGCAUCGUGUGUGAUGCCAUUGCCAGCCUGGAACUCAUGGACCUGCAGCCCUCGUGGAAGAUCAUGGACAACAAAGGGCGCGUCACAGUCGUACUCCACUGGGACCAGCACGAAAAGUGCCAAGGGCGCCGCGGACCCGGCUCCGAGCCUGGUGGGGUGCUCCGCGUAGAAGUCUCUUCGCAGGAAGCGCAAGCCGCCGGAGCCAUGGACGGAGGCGCCAUCGGCACUGUUCCGCGGACCCGGCUGACGCUAGAAGGCUUGGGACCCCGGCCCGAGUCGCGCACACUGCCUCCUCGGACGGGGUCACGCGACUCAACGACAGCUGCCGCCCCGUCCUCGAAUGGCAACAACGGGACGGGAAGCCCCGACCACAACCACGCAGAGUGCGACUUCCACUGUGCUGCGCUGCACGGGUCACACCAGAUACAGGUGAACAAGUCGGUGGCGACAUCGCCCAUUCAGGAGUUUCCUCCGCGUGGAGGCCCGUUUCCUGGCACCUCAGGCAUGCAGAGGAUGGCACCACCGCAGCAACCACAGCCGUCUACGUCGGGUAGCAAGGGGCAGCACGUUCGCUUUCUGGAGGUGACAGAAGAGGCACGAAUCCCCGCCGUUGAUGACUCGGAGUCGGACACAGAGAACACUGCUUGCGAGGAAGAGCAGCUGACGGAGCGCUACCUGCUCCUGGUAGACCAGCUCUCGCUAGAACAAGACCGGCACCUCACCAUCCGGGACAUUGGCGUCAUCCUCGAGAGGCUUGGGUCGCGCAUCGUCGACGUGGACCGGCUAGAGCGUGAGCGGGAGAGUGCUGACGUUCACAAUUGGACUAUCAAGGCAACGCUGCGCGGCGAGGUGCUCAGGGAAAUCGGAGUCAUCUACAACGGACAGUAUUAUGGCAUUAUGGAACACCCCGGGUACUUUUGAUAAGAGGUGUCAGUGCUUUUUGGUGUUUCCGUUCCGUUUUCUUUUUCGACUCAUGUAGAGGCCAUAUGCCAAAGAAUUGCCACUGCCACUUUUUUGGGGCACGGGAGAAGCCUUGCUUGCCCGGUUAAAUGGCGGUGCUAAAAAUCACUGCUCCUUUCGAGAUGCCAGCCAACACCAUGGCAUUGUAUCGGGAUGCAGCAAUGCGCCACUGGCUCCUUUGAUGGGUCACGCAAGCACAACUAGGUCAACAUAUGUAGUAGCAAGUGCCACCAGUGUUUAACAUCCCCCCAUACUUUUUCCUACUCUGGAUUGAAGUGUCAGCUCACAUUCGAGUGAUGUUAUUCCUUCUCACUGCACUGUAUCUUCUGUGUUUUUUUGCUUGGUACCUAAAAGCUUUGUAGAGGCUGCGAAAACGGGGUAGUAUGCCUUUUCUCAUUCAAGAGGGAACCCUUUGUCUUGUUCAGUGCAAUUUUUCUAUGCUCAUUUCCAUUGCCCGCUCCGUAAACCUGACACGUCCUCACGGGCCCCUUGUUUCCUUUUGCUUGGUGCUAACAUCAGCCCUCCUUGCAGCUUUUUUUCAAAGGCUGUUUCACUUCAUCUCAUCAGUGGCGGCAGGCCGCCUCUUUUCCCGACCCGUGGACUGCAUGAACUGACCCUCUCACUACACCCGGCCCUCCGAGGGCUUUUAAGUGGUUUAGGAUCCAGGCCUUGCACUUUCCCUGCUCAAGACACUUUUUCUGCAGUCUCCUGUUGCCAAGUAACUUUUUUGGGCGACCCCCGUUCUCCAAGCAUGGCACUGCACUGGCCCCUCCCCUAUUCCCUCCUCCCGACUGGUGUGCUGUGUUUGUGGCCCAACGGCUUUGUUCGUCACGUUCGGUGUCCGCCUGUGGUGGGCGGCUCUCUUUUUCUGUUUACCUUCUCUUUGAGUGCUCUGGACUUUGUGCCGACUCACUGCCACUGCCUCGCGGCAUAUUGAUGGGAGGCGUUGCUCCUAUUUUGUCGGCUCGUUCCUCCGAACGCGUCGGCAAAGUCCGUGCUGGCUUUGCUCGACUGGUGCGGCAUGCCGGACUGUUCUUUGUGUUUGCCAGGCAUGGCCACCUGUCGUUUCCUUGCGUAACAUUCCUUCUCAAUUCCUUUUGUACUGUGCCCAUUGUGGCCAAGCUGACGUCUUGACAAAGGCUAGCACUUUCAAUGCAUGAAUUAAUUGUAUAUAUGUGUGUGUGUGUGCGUGUUUGUAUAUAUGUGUGUGUAUAUGAGGAAAAAAAGAAGAGAAGACAAAUGAUGAACAUCACCUUUUGGACAGUACAACAUUUUCACUGUUAACAACAAACAUUUUACAAUUCUUGGAGGUUUAUCGCAAAAGCCUUCAAGUCGAUGUUUGCCUGUAAAUUCUUGGAUGUUGCUGUUUGAUGGAACUUGGUUGGAUGCAGGCAUCAUGUUGUAAACUUACUUUCUUCUUUUUUGCAAGCAUGCCACUCAUGGGAGGUCAAUCUUAGUUGAGAAUUACUUUUAAGUCUUCGCGUUGCGCAUUACUCAUUGUCUAGCUAUUUGUCAACUAAUUUUACACAGUAGAACACUCUACAUUUGUCCCAGCUUGGCAUGCUCUUGUGAUACAUUUGUUUGCUAAUUUCAGUCAUUCCCGUUCUUGGCUUUAAAUUUUUUUCCAGCCUGUUGUUGCAUGCGUGUCGACCAAGGUGUCAGUGCUCAAACCGGUGGUGUGAGGAGAGUGCGCCAGCGCACAUGGACACACACACACACAGACGUUACACACUUUGCUGGCUCUUCACAGUUUUUGCGAGAAUCUAAUCAUCGAGCAGACAUUUCUUUCUUUAGCACUGUCAUCUUGCACGUCAGUUGUUUCCCGGCCUUCUCUGUCCGAGAUCCGUGGCGUUGUUGAACGAAAGUUACAUUGAUUGUUGCAGAGUUGUCAAAUAAGCGAAGUGGAAGAUGCAUGCAAAAGUUUCCUAAAAAUUGGAAGACAAGGGACUCUCAUUUAUUCUUUUAUUUUAUUUUUUUAUUUCUUCUUAUCACGCGUGUUAGUAGACAUUGUUGACGUGCUGGCUGCAAAGACGUUUUCAAAGUGGGAGCACACUCGGUCGUCCCCCGCUGACGAGAUUGCGAGCUUUUUGGGUGAGCUCAUAGAUGGCACUCUAGGCCUCAUCCCCUCCCCAACCAACCUCUUUUCCAAAAGCCUUGCAUCUCUCUACGUGGAGAGCAGAAAUGUGAGAGUCGUACAUAGUGUGUAGGUGUGUCUAGGAACUGCUGCCCCCCAUUUAUUCUUGACCUCUCUUCACCUUCCCACUUAGCUGCCAAAAUGGAAGUAUAAGCCCGUUCCCUUUAUAAGCUACUUUCAACACCCUCAUUGUUGGAACUGCCAUUAAGAGUAAGAAAAAAAAAUGCUAAGUAAUUAUUGCCAUAGUUUUGUAAUGUACAUAGGAGACAAAUAAAAAACUAUAUAUAUAUAUAUAUAUAACUGAUAUCUAACAAAUCUACAAGUUAUACAUGUACAUAUACUAUACAUGCACUGUGGGAAGUAACCUAUUUCCUUCUGCUACAAGCCUCUAUGUACCCCAGAGCCACCCUGUUCUCCACUCCUUCGCCACCACUUAUGCAGACACAAUGAUGAGGGAGGCAGAAAAUCUUGGCAUUUUCAAGUAUUCUUUAGGUCUUCCGCCGGGGGCAGUCUUCUUCUAUCUGCCGUUGUGUUGUUCGUCGUUGGGGUACAACGGAGCUAAGUUUGAUAGGUCGGUAACCGACCUGUGGGCGUUAUAGCAGCUGGGGAGGGCUACUGGCUCUAAACCCUGACACCUUUCGUACGCGUGAGCCAGCGAACCAGCGCUGCAUUUCCCGUUCCCCCCAUUUUGCUCCUCCUCACCUCUUCCACAGUUUAAACUCGUUGCCCGUUGGUUUGUUCACAUUGGAGACUUUGGUCAAAUGGAAGUUAUUGAGUAUGACUGGACUGCUUUGGGACUUACCACGAAAAGAAAAAAAGAAAUGUUUGGGCCAAGAGAGAGCACACAUCCUGCAGGGGGUUUCAUAAAAGGCAUGAUUUUGAAGGGACAUAUAUUGACUUUUAUUAUCCAUUUUUUACUUUGAUUUGUUUGUUUCUUUUUGUGUGUGUGUGUGUGUGUGUUGACCACAUGUGUUGGCACAAUUUCUCGUGCCAACACAUGUGGUCCUGACGUCUGCGAGCCCAUUCUUGCGAGUGAUAGGCAAGGAAAUAUGUCACUUCAUUUGGAACUUAAGUUAUUUCACUGAGCUCUACUGUUGGGGGAUCAAAAUAAAGCAACAGGUUUAACAAUAUGUUGUUUAACUGAAAAUAGCAUUAUGUAAUGUGCACUUUAUUACACCGUUGUGUUCUCUGAGGCAAGUGAUCAUUUCAAUUCAUGAUCUGAGAAAUGGGAGAUCAAGCUUAGCUUCAGAAUCAGUGGCAAUUGUCUUCUUCCUCGUAUUCCUGACUGAAACAUUGUUGCAAGCACUAUUGUGGUAUUCUGUGUAUAUUAACUUGCAGAUCCAGUCACAAUGAGACUCUCUAAAACUGAGCAGCUUGUUUUGUCUUGCUGCAAGGUCUAGGUGUUAUCUUAUCAAGGUGCAGUAGACCACUGUUGAUGCAUAUUUUUCAGGACAAUAGAAGAAAAUAUACAGUUGAACUUCGAUACAAUGAAUUAUUGGAUGUAACGAAGUAAACAUAUGACGUGCCUCGCCAAUAUAAACGUGUAAGGAAUAUAUGCGUAUAAAGAAUAUCAGAUGUUAUGAAGGCAUUUUCAUGUCGGAUGUAACUUUGUUUUAAUGAGGUUCAACUAUAAAAACAAUGGUUGCACGAACAUGGGAGUCUUUGGGCAUUUUACAAGCACUGAGUUACUACAAUGUAGCAACCAGGAAAUCAUUAUUAUAGCUGAGGAUGCAUCAAAGGAAUUUCGCUUUACAGUGCCAAAGGUGAACCAACAGCUUCAUAGCCCUUACGUUAAAAUUUUUGGACUAGUCGCAUUCUAGCUCUAUAGCUACUACAACAUAUUGUUAACCUCAAAGGAGGCCUGGUCACAUCUAUGUGUCAAGCCUAGUCUGUCUGUCAACAUUACAUUCGCAGGUCAGCUAAGUCUUGUCAUUCUUUUCAAAGGUUGUUUGGGUGAAUGCACAUUUGCACUUAAGUACUCUGUUACUGCUGAACUGUUUUGUUAAGACUGGUCAAAUCUUGCGCUAAUUACCUGCAUUGCUCGUGGUUUGGUCGUAAUGCAGUAUGCUCAUUUGCCCACUUUGUUAAUGUUUGUAUUAGUGGAAAUAGGUAUCACAAGGAUGCGAGCAGUCUCCAAAAGUUGUUGCUGUACCAUUAGCCAGUGUAUUGCGCAGUCUCAAGAGGGUGGGGCUUAUGACGUUUGUCUAAAGAAACGAAUUCACUAGGAGCACAACUGUUGCUACAUCCUGGCUGUUUCGUGUGACUCUUCGUCUUCCUCUUCAGAACUUUUGAGCUGUCUUAAUACAACUGCAGGCCUAUCAAAAGUCAUGGCUGGUCAUGUGACUAGUAGUGGCAUUGUUUAUUUUGGUGAAGACUGUAUGUGUACUUGCAGGCAUACGUGUUCUCCCAUCCUUCAAAAAUGUCAUAACUGCCUCAAAAUAUGAUGCGGUGUGCUCUUAGAUAGUCACUGUAGUGACUUUUAUGGGAACAUCGCACAGUUAUCUUAGGCGUCACCUGCCUACUAGAGCAUGCCAUCUACUAGAGCAGCGUAAUAGUUCUGCGGAAACCUGCAUGGUGGAGGGAAGUGAUUAAUAAAGGGAAAAUCAGACAUCCACCCGUUCGUAGCAACUGCUACAAAGAAAACCCAUACGGGUUCCUCGAAAGAAAAGCCUCGCAGUUGAAGAAAAAUUCGUCCUGGUCUGGGACUCGAACCCGCGACCACCGCCUUUCCGGGGCAGCCGCUCUACCAUCUGAGCCAACCAGGCGGCUAGCAGACGGCAGGGCGAAGUCGAAUUUGUCAACAACUCGAGGCAAAGGCAAGAGUUUGAUGUAAUAGUUCUGCGGAGACUUGCAAGGUGGAGAGAAGUGAUUAAUAAAGGGAAAAUAAAGGGUUUCCUUUGUACCAAUUGCUACGAGCAGGUGGAUGUCUGAUUUUCCCUUUAUUACUGGAGCGACAGAUAAAGCCGGAUUCCAAGGCCAGCAUUGAGCUUCAAAAGGCAGGAGAAUGCACCUGCCUGCAAGCAUGUUAGGAGAUAUGCACCCCUUUGGUUGUUUAGAAAGCAGGCAGGUCUACAUCAGGCGGAUGGAACGGCUUUAGCAAUGGCAUACUGCUGCUUGCGCACUCCGAAAAUUGUAUUCGCAGCUGUUCUACUCUGAUAACAUGUUUUUGUUUUUAGCCAGGCCUAAACGUUUUCAGCUACGACAUUAAUUAACAUAGAAACUUUCUUGUGGUAUUGGGCCUUUGUAUUAGAGGAAUGAAUUUUUUUUCUCUGCCUUGUAGCUCUCAUUUUGCUGCAACAGCUGUCAUAUGCUGUAACAUAGAAGGUUGAAGGUAUGUUUGUUAAAUCUAACUGCUGGAGUAAAAUUAGCUGCUUCUCUCUAGUUCACAUGCUUGCACAGCAGACAGCCACUAUUUAUUACUUAAGAUUGUUAUACUUAAUUUCAUUAUUAACAGCAUUUUAUUCCAGUUAACAAAUAUGCUGCCAAGUGCCACAUCAUAACUUUGGAAAGUUCUUAGUAUACUAGGGUCUCACUGAAAGUAAUGAAACAAACCAAAAGUGGGCGUAACUUUUUUUUCUUUUUCUUACUGAUGUAGAGAUUCCAAACUGGGCACAUACGUAUAGUAACUCUUACUUUAAUGCAAAAAUGCUGCGUGAUGUAGCACCCCGACAUGUGGCAUUAGUUCGAGCUGUUCAGACUGUCAAAUUGGCCUUAAAAAUACUGUUUUCUGUAGUCACUGUUGCACCUACCUCUUGACGGCCAUUUUCACGCUUUUUUUAGUCUCCAUCCAUUUUUCCAAUGUUGAAGGCCAACCAACCUGGUCUGUGAAGUUAAAAGUUGACAAUUGUGGAAGCGAAGAGAAGAUCAGAUAGUUGCAGCUCAUUGGUAGAGACUUACAGUGUCGUUUCCUUGAAAUCUGAAGUCAUGUUCAGGAAUAUCCUUUUUUGCAUUCACUUGUCUAUAGCUCGCCUCUUUAACCAGCUUCUGCAUAGCGUUGCCACUGCAGUCAAGUGGUGCAGAAAGCUUGCAUGGGGCAAAUAACGUUACCUCACUACUGCUGACUCAUGUCCAUGCAGAAGUUAUUGCAGUCAAUCUGCACUUACUGUGCUGUUUCUCCAAAAUACAACCUUCAGAAUUAUUUUGAACUUCUUCCUCAGCAGUUAGAUGUUGCUUACAUUUGGAGAGUGUGGCUGCCGUAAUGAUUCUGUUGUUUACUACAGCUGUUGGACAAACUACGCCCUUCGUUGUUGAAAAUGCAGUUACUGUACUUUUUCGGGGUUGUGGCAAGGCUGAGCUAAAGAAUUCUUAGCCUGGAGCUAACGUUUCGAUCAGAGUCUUUGUCAAGAUUGUCAGAAUGUUAGCUCUAGGCUGUGGCUUUUCUUCUUUGGCCAUUGUUGACCACUUAACCUGCUCUCCGUCUUUGUGUUAAACCUUUGUUUAUUUUGGUGGCAAACAAGAAAGUUUGGUUCUAGCCUAUAUCACAUCACUUUAUUUUCCUUAAAGACCCCUUUUGGGUUGUUACAUAAGGGUGCAACUUCAUCACAUCACAAACAGUGCACAGAUUUUUGAAAAAAAAAAGAUACACCCACUGUUGCAUUACUUUUGUUAUGGCCCUCACAUUUCAACUGUGUACAUUUGAACCCUUGUUUCACAGAAAACCACAACAUGUUCCAGGCUCGCAGUUAAACUUACAAGACUGCUUAUGAUAUGCAAAGCUUAUGCUUCCCGUGUGACAGAGGUGGUUGAGAAAUUUUUCACUAGCAAGAAAGUUGUUUCCUGCAGCAGCAAGUGGUGUGAGAUAUUUCACUCUAGUCGCUCAUCUGUGUUUUGACGAUGACAAGCAUCGUCUUAUUCUGCGAAGCCGGUUAUAUGCCAGCAUUGUUGCAUUUGACACCUGUUGUUGAUGUUAGCACUCAUUUAAUAAAUUUCUCAAUGUCUCGCAUGGCAGGGGGCAUGCCUGCUGUGUGAAUUGUUAACAUUGUCCCAGGGUGUUUCUUCUUUUCAUUUACCGUAUAUGUAUCUCACCAGUUAUACAAUGCCAGUAUUUAUGUAGUUUUCUUUCUUUCUUGCACAUCAUGUGCCAAAAAUGACAUUGUUCAGCACAAAAAUGCAUUAUCCAGCACGUAAAUGUCUCGCUUGCUCUCAUUUGUGAAAGCAAGUUUGGCGCAAGUUGCCGGACGUUUCACUUUGUGUUCUGGUUGCAGGGUGACCAGUUCUGCUAAUUAUGAGCACACUUGUUCUUGUCACUCUUGUGGAGGCAAGUGUAAAAUUCUCCACUCACUUGUUAUGUGGCUUUUCCUGUUGUGUUGACAUUCCAGCUUUACGAACAUUUUUUAAAUGGCCAUUUAUUGUAUUUUCUACCGUUUACACACCAUUUCUGGCCAUAAUAUUUUCAUACAGCCCAAACUGGAGCAUUUGUAGGGAUCCAUAUUUUGCAAAUGAAUGUAAGAGCAACUAAAUCGACACAAGCUGCUUUCUUUUUUCUUCUUUUCUUUCUUUGCAGGACAUUGUUCAAGUGCUUUUUUUUCUCUUUUCCCUGAAUGUUUUUGGCAGUUUCGAUCAUCACUUGAAACUCGCUAAAGAAGUAUCGCGUAACACACUUUAAUCCUUGUUAUGACGCAACAUUCUUUAGAUGACAUUGUCUGCUCAUUUUGUACUUUUAUCAGCCACAGCACUAAGUUUAGCUUGUUUUGAGAGGGCUGUCUGCUCAUUUACAUAAGUUCCUCUGGUCACCCUUACUGAGUUCUUUGACGCAUACGUGUGUGGAACCUGUGUGAAAAAAAGGGGGGAUUUCUGUUGGGAAAAUUAGUUUUGUUGCUUCUCAAGUUCGUGAAAUAUAUUUAUGUGUGCUUUAUACACUGUUCAUUUGGAUGUUGUGCAAAUGUUCUGUCAUUACUCAACGGCAAGGAUUUUUCUCGUUCAUUGCUUGUCAUGUGAGCUCUGGGGAAAGAUCUAAUCCACAGAGAGUACCUGAAUAAUGCUUCUACCUGAAUGUGGCAAAAUUUUGUGUUCAUUGUGCAGAAGUCAGUCUCAUUUGAGUCUGAACAUGCACUAUGUUGAAGUUUGUAAAGUUGCUGCUAUUUGCAUGAUUUCUUGCCCAUUUGUUGUUGAUGUUCAUUGCACAGGACUGUUUGUUGAAUAUGCUGUUGUGUUUGGCACUCAUCUCCGGCACCUGUUCUUUGAGCUUCUCAUCAAGAGACCAGUGAUCAUGGCCCUGUUUAUGCUUUGACAGGCUAAGCAGCAGCGCAGAUAGUUUUGUAUCAUUUUGAAAUGUUCUUUCAGUGGUCUUUGCUUGGUUCAGCAGCAAAGGCUAAGCUUUAAUGUACAUGUAAGGAGAUCAAGUUUUUCUUUAGGAAGGCUUUGCCUGAAUUUUCGUACAUCUUUCCAUCAUCUGUUUGCCAAGGGAUGCAUAUUGUGUUAGCAAAAUUUAUUUGCAGUGCAUCAAGCGUCGUGAAAACAUCCGCAACAUUUCUCUGCAUUGUUCAGGUACCAUUCCCACAUACAGACUCAGUAAUUUACCCUCGAUAGCAAUGGUACAUGGGACGCCUGAAUAUGCAUUCAUGAGGCCAUAGCGACUCGGCGUCUGCGUCAAUAUUCGGUAGGAAAAUAUUGAGCAGGAAAGCAGGUUGGUACCUAAUAAGUAUGUCAUUCUUGAAUUCACACAUCGCAAUUACAAUGACUGCUUCAAGGCAAAUUUAAUCUUCCAUGUCACGUUUGUCACAAGUGUACUACACCUUGUUCAUAUCACCAGGCCUACAAAUGGUCAGUUUGUGCGUACUAUUAGAUAUGCAUUUAAGAGGGGAAGAUUUUCUUCUUUAAAUCUCAAUUGAACCUCGGCGAUAAUGCCUAUGUGGCGGUUCUUCUAGAAAACGGUAAAUUAAAUGUGCGCUGCUUCCACACAAUUUAAUUGCUGGACCUAAUUCAAAGGUUAAGCUAGUCAUUAAGGCACUGUUGGGGAUUGGUCACUGCUUGCCUCGUUCAAAUGGUCACUGCUCACCAAUGUUCAUCACAAUGUCAUCCAAGUUCUCUCAGUGUAUGUGCUGUUGCAGUAUCCAAAUAUUUCAUGCUGUCAUUGUUUUAUUAUGUGUUAGUCAUUUUACUUGGGCAUUGCAUGGUAUGAUGAAUGGGUUACAUAAGCACUAAAACAGUGUAAAUUUAAGGCACUUCAGAGAACUUGACAAUAUCCUUUAUUUUUCUCACCUAAGUUGUGCUUUGUGAAGACGUUAUUUUAAACAUCUUUGAUUUAGCUUAUGUACAUUUGUAUUCUAUAGUUGCCUCUUGGUGAGAAACUUUCUUACACCUUUUCAUUAAUCUUAAUUUAACACCAUUUCUUUAAUCCUAAUGGAACCACGUGGCUGUCACUUGUUGCGGAGUCUUUGACCAUUCAAAAUAGCUCAGCAUAAAAUACCAUUCACUUUAUAGCAAUACAAUAAUUGGUGCAUGUUUCUUAGUUUUUUUGAACAAAUAUGCAUUGUAAUAAAUGAAGCAAGCAUUGUAAAUCAUUAUUAGCACUCACAAACAACGCUAUCAUCCAUUGACUCAUCUAUGUACAUUUGCUGCGUAAGGAUCUUUUCAGCUGUAAUAACUUAACUGAAUAGAAAAAAAUGGCACAGUUUGGCUCAAGGGCCUUGCAGAGAAGUCGAAAAGUGUUUGCCAAAGCAAGCAGCUUGCUUGAAGAAUGCUCUUGAGGUAGCAGUAGUCCCAGUUUUUGCGAAGUCAUUUUGAGGAUCUCGCACUUAUAUGCGAAAUCAGUUCUAGUCACCGAUGAUAGAGUACAGGGCAAAGUUGCAAGUGGGAAGCACGACAGUCGUUGGCAAAGACAGGUUUGAUGCCAUCGCACUAAUUGUUGUCUCGUUGUUGGAAGACACCUCCUUUUUUGCAAGCAGUGCAACGCAGUUUACAAGCUAUACACGCUGCCAAAUACAAGAUAUGCACAGGAAACCAUGCACUUUAUUUCUUUGUUGCCAGACUUCCUUUCUGCGUGCUGCCGCUGCCGAUACUAUGCUGUUCUCGGGCUUCAUGCAGCGCAGGCUUGGCGCGCACAUUCAUUCCUUUUGGAAAAGUGUCUGGCAAACAUGUUUUGAGGAAGAGGAGGAAGCCAUUGUAAAAGCAAGCUCUCUCUCUGUCCGUCGUGGCACAAUUAACACAGUCGUGACAGUCCCAUCCUCUCUCAGUGAUGCUAUUCGUUUUUAUACUCCGCCCCGGAGCGGUCCUGUGUGGUGCACGGGGCCCGCCGGGCAGCACUCAAUAGUUGCUCAUUUCCGAAGACUGUGUCUUCGGUGUCGUGUGCCAAAUUGAUCGCCGGGUUCUUGCGUUCUGUGCCACUUUUUGGGGAGGUGCGGGGCAGGACGAGGGAGGCAGUUCGUGACGGCCAUUUUAUCGGCGUCUUUAGACUUCUAAGGAUGUCGUUCCGCAUCCCAUAGCGAGUGUCUCAACCUCGUCCCGCCCUCCUCCUCCAACGGCAUCGUUUCUCAGUGGCGCUUUCUGUUUCUCAGUCGUGGCGUGUCAGUGUCAUCUUGAAGCCAACUAUUACCGCAAAGUGUGUGUUUCAUGAUGUCUGUUCUAAGUUCUUUUCCAUGAGCAGUUUUUGGGUGUUGCCUUUGUUUCUAUGACAUUGUGUGUGUCCCUUUCUUGAGAAGGGAAUCACUGCCAAUUGUUAAUGGGACCGUUGCCAUUGCGCCGGCUCCCCUCUGUGCCAACUCUCACAGGGGCAUUGGUCGAAGUGAAACCGUGGUCAGGGAGCAGCAAAGUUCUUUUUUUUCUUUUCUCUGCGCGAAAGUGAUCUCUCUUCCUCUCUGGGACAAACACCAGUGAGAAGAGGGUUCUGUCUGAAGCGGCGAGCGAGUGUUACCGCGUGGUCUUUUUGACUGUGGACGCAAGUCUCCGUGUGCAUGCAGUGUGUCAAAGCCCGUUUGGGCGGCCCCCCACUGUUUGGGUGUGUUUUGUUGCAGCUGGUUGGCGCAUUCUUCCGGGAGGAAUGCAGGGUUGAGGUUAUAUAUGAGAUAAUCUAAUAAAAGUAAAUAGAGUUGUGUUACUAAAAAAAA